CAUGGCGACCCCCAUGAAGCUGCAGUGUCUUGCUGACUUUCCGUCACACGUUCAUCCUCUUCACGUGCUUAUCAACAAAUCACAAUUCACUCAAAAGUUCCCGGAGCACACUGGAGCCACACACGCGUUGUUACUCUCACUUUCUGACCGACAGUCUUGCUCAAAUCCGGGCUUUUUAGUGUGCGCGCAUUUGACUCCAGAAGAAGAGGAGCCGGAUGUAAACAUUGACACGCGCCUCGCGGUUUCUGUGAGCAGAUAUUUCCUCAAACACUAUGGGUUAAGAGAGCAGUCAUCAGGAACACUUCGUCCACAGUCUCUGCUGCCUUUAAAGAAGAUAGUGAUCGGCGCUCGGACCAAACUGAGCUUUAAAUGGGCUUCUUCAGAGCAGUUCUCCAAUGGGCUGCUCAUCCUGGCGUCCUGUCCAGAGCAGCUCCUGCUGGCGAGACAAGGAGACCUCCUGCUCGUGCCCUGCCAACAUUUAUUGACGGAAGAAGAAGAAGAAGUGCUGUGGGAGGUGCAGGUGCUGGAGUGCACACCUGUCCGCCAGGGCCUGAUCACAGUGGAAACCUGUGUGGUGCUGUCCGACUGCAGAGAUCUGGAUGUCUUCCACUCCUCCACCACUGCAAUGUGCAGACCUCCACCCUCAUCUCCGUUCGUCUCUGAUUUCGCGCAGUGUGCCAACAGUUUGAGCAGCUCUCUGUUGAGCAGCAGAGUUUGUUUGGACUUCAGCGCUUUCAUUGAGGCUCUUGAAUGCAGGCUGGAUGUGCGGGUGCUAGAGGCGUCGGAUCUCCUGAAACCUGGAGGGAUUGUGUCGGCGUUAAAUGAAGAAGAAGUGGACGUUGACUGCUGCGUGUUUGUUAACAGGAGUUUGCUGGUGAAGCUGGGGGUGUUUAAUGGGGAGUGGGUCAUCGCUUCUGUCCCAGGAGAGAAGGUAAAGAGGAGUCCUGUGGUUCAGAGUCCUGUUCCUGGGGAAGGAGAAGGUGGGAAAAUUCAGCAUCAGAAGAGAGCAGGACGUGUUCAUCUGGUGUGCAUUAAAGCCUUUGAAACCGGCAGACGGGAAGAUAAAGAUGUUGCUGUGGGCUUUGUUUCCGUGGUGCAGUGGUUCAACCUGUCGGAAGGGAUGGCAGUGCCUGUUGGAAAUAAAACCAUCAAAAUUAAGAGGUGGAAUAAAGCAUCAUCACACACAGAGCCGCAGAUCUCCGCCAGCGCAUGUAGAUGUUCAUCUCCGCCGUUUGCUAAAGAGCUGCACAUCGAAACCAUCAUUUCUCCAGACUACAGCGCUCACGGGCCCUUCAGCAGCGUCCUCCACACUCACUUCAGCAAACCCAGGCUUGUCCAGCAGGGGAAUAUUUUGGCCGUUCCAACAGAAGGACAUCCUGAGGUCAUAGAGAACGGCUCUGAAGGCGUCCUCAGGUGGCCUGCGCUGUAUUUCAGGGUAAAGCAGGUGUGUGGGUUUUCCAGCGAGGAGGAAGAGGUUUCUUCAUAUCUAGCAGAUUCCAGUCACACUUCAUUAUACAUGGGAGGCUCUGCCAACAGUCUGUGUCCAUAUUCUGUGCUGCCGGAAGCUUCAUCUUUCUGGACGAGUCUCAGUCCUCCGGGUCUCUCCAGCACUGUAGAAAAACUGAUCACCAUCAUCCAGCCUCACCUCAACGAAAGCACUUUAACAUUAAAAAGAGGCUGUUCGAUACUUCUGAUGGGUCCAAAUGGCAGUGGUAAAUUUACCACGCUGAGAGCAGUUAGCAGGAGGCUACAUCUGCAUCUGAUUAAGGUAGACUGUGUGGCUCUGUGUGCCGACACCGCAGCUGCCAGCGAGGCUAAGAUCAAGUCUGUCUUUGAGAGGGCGGAGCUUCAUCACCCGUGUCUUCUGUUGCUAAGAAACCUGCAGCUGCUCGGCCAGUCACGAGACGGCGCUGAGACCGACUGCAGGGUCGCUGCCACUCUUUGCCAGCUCAUUGCAGCUGUUCAUACCAGUGUGGUGGUGGUUGGGUCAGUGAGCAGCCAGCAUGAGUUAUCCUCAGAUGUGAUGGCGGCGUUUGUCCACCAGGUGGCGAUGCAGUGCCUGUCGGAGGACCAGCGGAGGACGGUGCUCUCCAGCCUCAGCAAGGACCUGCUGUUGGGGAAAGACGUCAAUCUGGGCAAGAUAGCCAAACAGACCACUGGAUUUGUUUUAGGAGAUCUUUGCGCACUUCUGACCAAUGCUGGAAGAGCUGCUCACAGGAGACUUGUGGAGAUGUAUUUUCCAGAAGCAAUGAGUGAACAGGAGGAGGAGGAUCUGUGUGUUUCUGGGGUCAGUGUUACGUCUGAGGACUUCAGCGCAGCGCUGGACGUCCUGCAGGAGGCGCAUUCACAAGCUAUUGGAGCACCUAAAAUCCCGGCCGUGAGCUGGCAGGACAUCGGCGGUCUCCAGCAGGUGAAGAAGGAGAUCCUGGACACCAUUCAGCUUCCCCUGGAGCAUCCGGAACUGCUGUCGCUGGGCCUGCGGCGCUCCGGACUGCUGCUUUACGGGCCGCCAGGCACUGGGAAAACCCUGCUGGCCAAAGCUGUGGCCACUGAGUGCACCAUGACCUUCCUCAGUGUGAAGGGUCCCGAACUCAUCAACAUGUAUGUUGGUCAGAGUGAAGAGAACAUCAGACAGGUGUUCAGCAAGGCCAGAAGUGCCGCUCCCUGCAUCAUCUUUUUUGAUGAACUGGACUCUUUGGCUCCUAAUCGAGGACACAGUGGAGACUCAGGAGGAGUGAUGGACAGGGUUGUCUCGCAGCUUUUAGCAGAGCUGGAUGGUCUUCAUUCGUCUGGAGACGUCUUCGUGAUUGGAGCAACUAAUCGUCCAGAUCUGUUGGACCAAUCACUGCUCAGGCCCGGCAGAUUUGAUAAGUUGGUGUAUGUUGGUAUUAAUGAAGACCGAGAGUCGCAGCUGCAGGUUCUCAAGGCGAUCUUACGCAAGUUUAAGGUGGAUGCGAGUGUGUGUUUGUCGGAUAUUGUGGAGUCCUGUCCGCCUCGGCUGACCGGAGCGGAUCUUUACUCUCUCUGCUCAGACGCCAUGAUGUGUGCAGUCAAGAGGAAGAUCUCACGCAUUACUGAAGGUGUUGAUUCGGAGCUCAGCUCUCUGACUCUGUGUUCAGAAGACUUCAGCGAGGCUCUCUCGGGCCUGCAGCCGUCCGUCUCUGAGCAGCAGAUCAGCAGAUAUCAACUCCUCCAGCAGAAGCUCAACAGCAGAUGACCUCCAAAAACACUCAGAUCAUCCCUCAGGUGUUCACGUCUGAAUCGUAACCUAACCACAUGCACUCUCUGCAGACCAGACUGCAUGUACAACAGAUUUCCAAGUAAUACUGGAAAGAGAAGAGAUUAACAAAUCACUCUUCCUAUUUUGUGGAAAUAGUCUCAUUUAACUGCUCUGCUAGAGUCAAACUGGAGUUUUACCAUUUCUGAAUACUUUCAGUCGAUCUCCGGGUAUGAACUUUUAGCUUAGCUUAGCAUAAAUCAUUGAAUUGGAUUAGACCAUUAGCAUCUCGCUCAAAAUCGACCAAAGAUUUUUGAUCAUUUUACUAUUUAAAGCAUUACUCUUGUCUCUCACAUGUCUUCAGGGUUGCAAGAAUGGACUGGAGUUGGCCAUUUUUUCAGGCGUUGCAUAAUAUCAAGCUCUGCUUUCAGUAAUGUCUAGUGAUUAUCACCCCAGAAUGAGAGUAUAGUUGAUAGCCAUAUCAGCCUAGGAACUAGCAACUUUUAAUUUUCAGUCAGUCUAAGUACACAAUGUAACUACAGAGGAGUCUAGCUUAAAACAUUAAAAUUAUCAAAACUCCUUGGUCAUUUUUGAGCGAGAUGCUAAUGGUCUAAUCCGAUUCAAUUAUCUAUGCUAAGCUAAGCUAAAAGUGCUCCUGCCAGACAAAGAGAACAACUGAAUGAAUCAAAAAAUGGUUAUUAAACCUAUAAAGAGCUGUAAAUGAGCCUAUUUCCAAAAAAAUAAACAAAUAAGUGGAAUGUUCCUUUACGUCCAACCUGCUCGUGUUUGCUUUCUUAUUCUUGAAAUUACUUUGCACCUUUCUCGAUGGGUUUCAAAUUUAACACUUGAAUGAAAAUUGCAAAUAACUGUUUGCUAGGAAAAGAGAUUAAAUGAAAGGAAAACUGAUUUCUAACUAACACCGCAGUGACUCAAUCUACAGAAAAUUAUGAGUACAUGAUAGCAUUUGAGUGUUCAAGCUAAUAUCUAAAUCAUAGGUGUCAAAAUCAGAUCCUGGAAGGCCGCAGCUCUGCACAGUUUUGCUCCAACUUUAAUCAAACACAGCUGAUCCAAAUAAUAAGCUUAUUUCACGUGGCCACCAUUUUAAAAAAUGAAAGUGAGGCAGCGGUGGGAAGAAACCCGGAACUAUAGGAUCAGCACUGUAAACAUUGCAACAACAUGCUGUGAACUACAAACUUCCCGCUGUUGCCAUGAUUUCAAAAUGCAGAAAUGGUGUAAACAUCACUUUAAUAUCAAUCAGUUCAGUUUAAUUCAAACACUUAAAAGCAUAUUAGGCAGUAAACAACAUUACAAUCUCUUUCAGAGUAAUACGCUUAAGUGUCCUCCAAGGCUUCAGUUUAUGGCCCCAGGUAAACACCGUGAGGACGCUUCUCUGCUUCAGCCUAUGUAACCUGGCGAGCGAUAAAACAAUGCAGUCUUCUGUAGCACAUCCUCCUGUUGUCUGUAACAGUGUCGUCCUGGUACUGAAGUUUUAAAAACGUCCAUUUCCCGCUAACAUGUAAGCGCCUCUGAGC